UCUCUCUCGGUUCCCCCCUCCUCCCCAGCCCUCCCUUCCCACGCCCCAGUGCGCUGUGGGAUAGUGGCACUAUAAAGUAUAUCCUCUCUCGGAGAAAGAUAAGAAGCCCGAGACAGGAGGGGGAUGAAGAUGGCGGACGCCAAGCAGAAGAGGAAUGAACAGUUAAAGCGAUGGCUGGGCUCGGAAACGGACCUGGAGCCUCCUAUUCUGAAAAAGAAAAAGACGAAGGUGAAGUUCGAUGAUGGCGCCGUGUUUCUGGCCGCCUGCUCAAGCGGCGAUACCGAGGAGGUGCUCCGAUUGCUUGACCGGGGCGCUGACAUCAACUACGCCAAUGUAGACGGUCUCACCGCCCUCCACCAGGCAUGCAUUGAUGACAAUGUUGACAUGGUGACUUUCCUGGUGGAGCAUGGAGCCGGCGUCAACCAGCCUGACAACGAGGGCUGGAUCCCCCUCCAUGCUGCAGCCUCCUGUGGAUACCUAGACAUAGCAGAGUAUCUCAUCAGCCAGGGUGCCAAUGUAGGAGUUGUGAACAGUGAAGGUGAGACACCUCUGGACAUUGCUGAAGAGGAGGCAAUGGAGGAGCUCCUGCUGAAUGAGAUCAACAGACAAGGGGUGGACAUCGAGGCAGCCCGCAAAGAGGAGGAGCGGAUCAUGCUGAGGGACGCACGGCAGUGGCUCAACAGCGGCCAGAUCCAAGAUGUCCGGCAUGCCAAAUCCGGAGGGACGUCGCUCCAUGUAGCUGCUGCGAAGGGAUACGUCGAGGUUUUAAAGCUUUUAAUCCAAGCAGGGUAUGAUGUAAAUAUUAAGGACUACGAUGGCUGGACUCCUCUACAUGCAGCAGCACACUGGGGCAAAGAGGAGGCAUGUAGGAUACUGGUGGAGAAUCUAUGUGACAUGGACCUCAUUAAUAAAAUGGGCCAGACAGCUUUUGAUGUAGCAGACGAAGACGUUCUGGGAUACUUAGAAGAACUACAAAAGAAACAAAAUCUGCUGAGCAAGACAGACGUCAAAAAAUCUCCUUUGAUUGAAACGGCAACCACCGGGGAUAACAACCAAUCACUGAAACCACUCAAGAGCAAAGAAACGCUGCUUCUGGAGCCAGAAAAGAGCGCCCCACGCAUCGAGACCUUAGAGCCGGAGAAGGUGGAUGAAGAAGAGGAGGGGAAGAAGGACGAAUCGAGCUGCUCCAGUGAAGAAGAGGAGGACGAAGAUUCAGAGUCAGAGACCGAAGCAGACAAGAGCAAGCCUUCAGCGUCGGUGAGCAACAGCACGACGCCCACCUCGACCAGCAUCACCGUCUCGCCUCCAACCAGCCCAACGAACCAGGUGACGACCCCCACUUCUCCGACAAAGAAGGCCACUCAGCCUGCUGGAAAGGUCUCAGCUAAAGUGGAGGAGGAAAGGAAGGACGAGUCUCCAGCAUCGUGGCGGCUGGGUUUGAGGAAGACGGGCAGCUACGGGGCGCUAGCGGAGAUCACAGCCACCAAGGAGGCUCAGAGGGAGAAGGACACGACUGGGGUGAUGCGCUCGGCCUCGAGCCCUCGCCUCUCCUCCUCCCUGGACAACAAAGACAAAGAAAAGGAAAAGGAUAAAGGGACCCGGCUCGCCUAUGUGGCCCCCACCAUCCCCAGAAGGCUGGCCAGUACUUCAGACAUUGACGAGAAGGAAAACAGGGACUCCACAGCUCUGAUACGCAGUGGCUCAUACACCCGGCGACGCUGGGAUGACGACCUGAAGAACAGUGAAGGAAGCGCCUCCACCAACCGAACCUCUAGCUACCAGCGCAGCACGUCCCAUACGCUAGCACUAGGGCGGAGCGGCAGCACGCGGGACGUGCCAGCCAAGUCUUCGUCCACCUCCAGCUUGGACCCUAACACCUGUAAUACUAAACCCUGGCAGCCACCCAGCUCCCACUACCAGUCUUACAGCAUUUACCGCAGCGGCUCUUUCGGCAGAAGACACGAGGACUUGAGUUCCUCGACCACCUCCUCCUCCACAACGACGACCACCACCUCCUCAUCUGUUACCUCGCCCACAGGCCAUCGUGGCUUUCUCUCCGGCCUGGGCUCCUCCUCCACCCGCAUUGGCUCCACCAGUCUCACCAGCAGGUACUGGUCAGAGGAGAGUGCAGAGAGGGAAAAGGAGAAGGAGAAGGAGUCUGCUGCAGUCAUCCCCACUAUAAACACUGGUUCUACUACGACCACCACAUCUACCACUACCACCACCGCCAUAUCUACCACUACGACCACCACCACUGGCACUGUCACUGGCUCUGAAAGACGCAGGUCAUAUCUGACGCCAGUGCGAGACGAGGAGUCGGAGUCCCAGAGGAAAGCUCGCUCCAGACAGGCUCGACAGUCGAGGAGGUCCACCCAGGGUGUGACUCUAACUGACCUGCAAGAGGCUGAGAAAACAAUCGGCAGGAGUCGUACCACUAAGACCAGGGAGGAGGAGAAGGAGGAGAAAGAGAAGCAGGACAAGGAGAAACAGGAGGAGAAGAAGGAGACGGAGACAAAGGAAGACGAUUAUCGAUCAAAGUAUCGCAGCUUUGAGGAGCGCUACCGGCCUUCGUCUUCCUCAUCCACCUCCACCAUUUCCACAGUCGGCACUGCCUCCACCCCAUCGUACUCUAGCACCGCUUUGUCCUCGAGUUCCAGCUCCCUCAACAGGCCUAACAGUCUGACGGGGAUCACCUCCUCCUAUAGCCGUUCCUCCAGAGAUACGGAAAAAGAAACGGACAAAAGGGAGGAGGAGAAGGAGGGAGAGGACAAGUCUCAGCCCCGCUCCAUACGGGAUCGCAGGCGGCCCCGCGAGAAGAGACGCUCAACCGGGGUCUCCUUCUGGACCCAAGAUGGUGAUGAAAAUGACCCCGACCAGCAGUCAGACUCAGAGGAGGGCAGCACUAAGGGAGACCCACAGAGCGACAGAUUGUCCAGGAACGAGAUCACUUCAUCCUCAGAUCGCAAUGACACUCUGUCGAGUCGCGGCUACGGCGAGAGUCGGAGGACAUACUCAAGCCGACUGGACAGAGACGACACCACUGACUAUAAGAAGCUCUACGAGCAGAUCUUAGCUGAGAACGAGAAGUUGAAGGCCCAGUUACGUGACACGGACUUGGAGCUGGCAGACUUGAAGCUACAACUAGAGAAGGCCACACAGAGGCAGGAGCGCUAUGCCGACCGAUCACAGCUUGAGAUGGAGAAAAGGGUAACAAGCAGGCCCCAAUAUCAUCUGGGUGGUGGAAAGAAGAGCUCUAGAAAGGAAGAUAUCUGAGAUGGAGGAGGAACUUAAGAUGCUCCCAGACUUGAAAGCAGACAACCAGAGACUAAAGGACGAGAACGGAGCACUCAUUCGAGUCAUUAGCAAGCUUUCCAAGUAGAACAGACCCCCCCGUCCCCGUCCCCGUCUCAUCCCGUCCCGUCCUGUCCUCUGCACCCCUCUAGUCCCCCAUGGCAGUGACUAAUGGAAUUGCACAUUUAGAUAUUAAUUGCAACAGACAUCAGAGACAAGACUCCUUUUUUUUUCUUUUUUCUUUUUCUCCCUCCACCCAAUUCCUUUUUAUCUCCCUUUGGCUGCUCCUCCUCCACCGCCACCGCUGCCGCAGCAUCCAUCCAUCCAUCCAUCCACCACCACCACCACCUCCUCCUCGACUGUAAUCCACCCGACGUGUGUGGCUGCUGUCCCGUUAGAACCGGCGAGUUUACGUGGCGCGAAAGGAAAAAGGGUUUGUGUGAUCAGCAUGUUGAAAGCGUUGUGGGCGGGGAAGCCUGAAAACUAUUUAACCAGUAAGCCUUAGUUGUACAUAAAGAGGGGAAAAAAAAGAAAACACACUUGCAUCGAUCUCUUCUCUCUCUCCUCUCUGUCUUGGCUAUCACUGAAGAGCAGAUAUUAUCCCACACCUGAUUUUAUGUGUGCCACAUGUCAUUGUUGUUUUUGAUUCCCCUCCCUGUGUUGUGUGCUGUGUGGUCCCCCUCAAAGUGCCACUUCAGCCCUGAAUCGGCUCCUCGUUUCUCCUUCUAUUGUGUUUUUGUUUUCUUUUAUCCACACACACACAGACACACACACACACGCCCCAACCUCUCCCAUUUAUAAUUUUUUUUUUUUUUUUUUUUUUUUUGUACCUCUGUGUGUCUUCCUCCAAGAGGGAAAAAAUGUUUUGAAUUCUCGCUUUAGCGAAACGAGGCGGACCUGGUGGAGUUUAAGCUUUCACUGUAUGUGCAAUAUGCAUUUUUUCUUCCUUUCUUUCCUUUUUUUUAAUGCUUUAAUGAUGAGUCCAUCACAAUUUAGGAGUUUUUUCCUCCCCCCCACCCCCCCACUCUUCCACCGCUUUCAUCGCUCACCUUUUCCUCCUCCUCUUUUUUUUUUUUUUUGUUUUUGUUUUAAGUUUGUAAUGUAGUCCGUUUAUAUUCUGUGUAUUUUCUCACUUUGUUUUAGCAGGUACUGAGUGAUGCUGUAUAUACCUGUAUGUAUUUGUUUGAGACCAGCACAUGGCAUGCGUUUAUGGUUCCCGUCUGUUACUAUUAAAAGUAUACAAAAUUCCAGAGGACAAAAAAAGUGUGUUUUAAUUAUUAUUUUUUUUCUUUUUCUUUUAUAGUCUAAAGACAUUGGAUACAGUACAAUAGAGCCUCUCUCUUUCACGCCGGACGGUUGGCAGUGUUCAGUGCUUUUUGUUUUCUUUCUUUCUGAGAUUUAAAAAAAAAACAAAAAAACAAUAAUCGCUUCACUACAUUUCACUUUCAUUGUAUUCAGUAUCUUGGAAGAGUGCUGUUAAUUUUGUUUCCAAUUUCUUUUUCUUUUUUUUUUUAAAGCUGUAGUAUUAUAGCCAAGGUGUUGUCACUAAAAAGAGAAAAAAAAACACAAAAAAAGAGAAUAUCUUAGGUAUCGCUAACCCAAUCCUUUUUACGAUGUCUACAUGCACUGUCGAUGCCAUGUGAGGAGUCUUGAUGUCAGGUUAAAGCAAUUCGCCACCAUCGAAUAUUUCAUGCAUCUGAAAACAUUUUAUGCAUUUCAGUGGCCUUUUAAGGAUAUUUUAGUAAAAGAAGUUUAAAAAAAAAAAGAAAGUCACUGCAGAUGGACUGAUGGCCAUCUACUCUGGUUUAGACUUUUUGUUCUUUUUCUUUAUUAUUAUUAUUAUAUUUUUUUUCCGUCAUCUUGUAAAAUAGGUGUGUGGCUUAAUACAUGCAAGCUGUGCUGUGACUACCAACCACUGAAGAGUUCAUUAAAAAUAAACUUGUACAUUGUAAAGUU